CAUCGGCUCAAUCGUCGACGAUUCGAGCCCUAAACAUUUCCGUUCCAUCGUUACCGACGGCAGUGGCAGCGGCGCCGAGUGCCCUCCUCUCUCGCGGUCCCCGUCGCCGCAGCAUAAUUUUACUGGCCUUUUAAUCUCCUUGCUCUGCACUCGCCAUUUCCAGCGGAAAUCAUCCUGUUAGUGUUCUGCCUUGAUUUCGUUCGAAGAUUACAGAUGGUUUUGAUUUACCUAUAUCGGUCACUUGCAAAAGUUGCAAAACCGAGAAUUUUCAAAUCUUAUCGCUCUGCAGCUGGUCAUCAUGAUAUUGCAGUCACUUAUAGUAAACAUAUUCACAGUUUGUGUGAUUCAGUAGAGAGCACACAGGUAAAUCCUGCGAAGAAGGAGAUAUGUCAAGUAGAUGGCCGACAAUUUGUAGCGGGUGGGUUGAAGUCUUUCGAUCACAAUUCACUGGAAACAAAAUUUGUUGUCGAGCCCGUUACUGACUGUGAGACGCCAAAUUCUUGUGCCAAAAUCUGUGAUGAAGCUGAAAGAAUUUGUAAGAUACUGUCCAACCAGCCAAAUUUGAACAUAAAUUCUAGUCUAGAUGAAGCUGGAAUAAGUGUCUCUCCAACUUUGGUAGCCGAAGUGUUGAAGAGACUUAGUAAUGCAGGGAUGAUUACACACUAUUUCUUUAGUUGGGCUGAGAAGCAGAAAGGUUUCGUGUAUACUUCAGAAAUCUUCCACCACCUAAUUGAAGCACUCGGAAAGAUCAAGCAGUUUAGGUUGAUAUGGAACUUGGUGGAUAUUAUGAUGCGUAGAGGUUUGCUGAAGAGAGAAACAUUCACAUUGAUAAUCAGGCGAUAUGUCAGAGCUAAGAAGUUGAAGGAAGCAGUUGAGUCAUUUGAAAAGAUGUCAUUGUUUGGAUUGAAAGCAGAAUUAUCUGAUUAUAACAGUUUAAUAGAUACAAUUAGCAAGUCUAAAAAUGUUAAAAAGGCUCAGGAGAUUUGUAAUGAAAUGAAGAGAACAAAGAGGUUUAUACCUGAUCUUAAGACCCACACCAUUCUUUUGGAAGGUUGGGGCCUUGUUCGUGAUUUGGCCAGCUUAAGAGUAGCAUAUCAAAAAAUGUUGGAUGAGGGCAUUGUACCUGAUGUUGUGACUUAUGGCAUAAUAAUAAAUGCCUUUUGCAAGUCAGGAAUGUGUGAUGAUGCUAUAAAGAUCUUUAAUGAGAUGGAAGCAAACAAUUGCAAGCCAAGCCCUCACAUCUAUUGUUCUCUCAUUAAUGGACUUGGUUCAGAGAAGAGAUUGGAUGAAGCCCUUAAGUAUUUUGAGCUUUCCAAAGCUAAUGGGUCUCCCCCUGAGUUACCAACUUACAAUGCUGUUGUGGGUUCCUAUUGCUGGGUCCUGAAGUUCGAGGAUGCUUUCAGAAUUAUUGUAGAGAUGAAGAAGUGUGGUAUUGGUCCAAAUGCUCGUACCCUUGAAAUUGUACUUCAGCAUCUUAUCAAAGCUGAAAAGAUAGAAGAGGCUUAUGCAAAUUUUCAGAGUAUGGAAAAUAAAUUUGGUUGCGAGCCCCAACUAAACACAUACUCAAUGAUGCUCAACAUGUUUUGUACUGUUGAAAGAAUUGACAUGGCGAUAAAAGUAUGGAAUCAAAUGAAUGAAAAAGGAAUACCUCCUUGUAUGCACAUGUUUUCAACAAUGAUCAAUGGAUUCUGCUCCAUGAAUAGGUUAGAUGAUGUUUGCAGGUACUUCCAAGAGAUGCUGGAUAGGGGAAUCAGACCUCCUGGCCAGUUGUAUAGUAAGGUAAAAGACACUCUCCUUGAUGGAGGGAGGAGGGAUCUGGCUAUUCACUUUGGAUUGGAACUUGAUCAGUUAAGAAACACUCCCCUGCAUGGUUAAGGAAUCCAAUCUCAUGACACAUUCUUUGAUAAAUUCUUGAUGGAUUCCUUUUGAGAUUAUCUCAUAACAAGAAAGAGAGGAGUAUUUACUGCCUAGUUUCUUGAAGCAAACACAAAAUUUGAUUGGUUAAAUUGAGCCAAAGCUUAGACCAGAAGUUUCAUCCUUGUUUUAUCCGGUGUUCUUGCCAGAUAAUCUUUCAUAUAUCAGGAUAUGAGACAAGUGCUUCUAUGGCUCCGACAUGCAUCAUCAUCAAUUUGCCAUAUUGUUAAUGAUUAUCGAUUCAAGUACUUGAAUCAGAUAGAAUUUUUUUACUUUAGAAAUGAAUAUGGAGAUCUUGAUGUUUAGUCAUAAUUAUAGGAGAGUGUAUUGCAAUCUUAUUGUCCAACUGGAUGUGCAGCCAUGCCAUUCGUUGACUUCUAAUUAAGUAAAAUCUCUUCCAUUU